AUGGAUCAGCUAGAAGGUGAGGAUGCACAGCAACAAGUGCGGACAAAACACACGAUCUCUGUAGCCGAGAGCCGGAGGAAGCACCAGCUUUGGGAAGCAGAUGAUUCUAGAAAAAAAGUGGACGAGAUAAUUCAGCUGGUUAACAGUCAUUACCUUUUAAAAACAGACUCUUGCCCGUCCUGGCCACGCUGCGGCACCUGUUGUGCAUGGGUUCCUGGUGCCGGCCCCAGCUCUGCAGGCUGCAGGACGCUGGGCAGCAGUCCAGCGCCGCCGGUCAGCGAGCACCAGGACCACGGAGAUGUCAGAGAUCGGGUUCUGAGGAAGCCGCUCAAGCACACGGACUUCUUCAACGUCCGGGACCCGUUCUCCGUGAAAAGCCUUUUCGACUCCCACUUGCACCUGAGACACAAAGCCGGCUGUCGGCACAGGUUCAUGGAGCCCUGCCUCUUUGGGAGCUGCCUGGCCUGAGACAUCAUCCACUUGGAGCAGACGGCCUCGCACCUGCAGCUGGCCCUGGAUUUCACCGCCUGCGUGGCCGCCGGCGAGGGCAUCAUCCUGUUUGUGACAAGCCGGUAGUUCUCGCACUUGGUCGAGAACGCAGCGCGAGCCUGCAGCAAGUUCACCCACACCUGCUACUUCAAGGGCGGCCUGCAGUCCAUCGCCGACCUCAUGGUCUUCCUGCACUCACUCAACAACGUCUUUGAGCCCCACGUGGCUGUGAGAGACGCAGCCAAAAAGAACAUCCUAGCAGUGGGUAUCGUGGACACCACCUGCAACCUCCCGGUUCCCAGCAACAACUACUCGUCCCCGGCGGUCCACCUCUUCUGCAGGCUCUUCCGAGUCACCAAGCGCGCUGAGGAGAAGCGGCAGCAGGUCGAGGCACUCAGACUGUCAUCUGCAUCAUCUCCAUGGACACGACAGGCUGCAGGAGAGACCCAGAGCCUCAGUCUUCGAUGGCUGGGAAACACAGGUCUCCCAGGAGUCUGA